AUGUAUUUUCAAUCAAACUAUGGAAAAACAAGAUGUCUUGUGAGUAUAUUAUCCUCAAGUUUAUGUGGACAGAGAUCGAACCGUUUCAACUUUCAGACAUCGGUUAGAUUCUCUAAAAAUGCUGAAAUUAAAAGGCCUGAGUUCUUUGUCUCUGUUAAUACAGGCAUUCAUGAGAGGAAUUUUAAGCUUACAACAUUCAUCAAGAGACUCUGUACUAUAUUAUCAACUGAAGAAAAGAAUUUUCAAGAAUGUGUGAACCUGGUGAGUAAUACUGAGAUUUCCUUUUCUCAAAACAGUAGUGAAAUAAUUGAGCUGUUCUCCUCGUUUUGUGACCGGAGUUUGGUUUUUAUGUUCGAUGUUGUCACUUUCAUGAGUCAAACAAAAGAGGAGGAUGAUAAUACGAUAUUUUUAUUAUCUUCACUAUCUAAAAUUCUAUCAAAAAGAAAUCUUAUUACAAUAUCUGAAGGGCAGAUUGAUAUAUCUUUACUUCAAACAAUAAUGCUCUAUACCAUGAGAUUGUUAAAUCCGCAAAGGCAUUCAGGGGAAUUAAUUUCGCAUAUAAACGGCCAAAUUAGGAAAAAUAUGGAUGGAAUAUUGUCUAUAGGUUCAUCUACGGAGGUAUUGAAACAACUUGCAUAUAUAAUGGAUCCCAAAGUUAUAAAUACAAUAGUCUAUACACUCCUGUACAAACUACAAAAUUUCACUCCUUCGGACUUUACAAGUCUACCAGAACUUUUGUUUAUGAUCAAAAUGCAUGAUAUAAGGAUCUUGUCAUUGAUUCUUUCUCAUGCUUCGGAAAAUCCGUAUCAAGUAUUUGGGAAGAAUGAUUCUUAUUUUUUGAAAUUUCUGGAGGAUUUGUCAAAGUUUGACGAGAGUUAUCGCAAUGAAAAUAAAGUGCCAAACCCUCUCGAAUUUUACAUGGAAUCAUUAAAUGAUAACGUACCAAGAUAUGAUGAGGAUACUCUAUAUUCCAUACUGUCAAAUAUCUCAUACAUUAAAAACAACUACAAAGGACGUAACGUAUUAAUAGGAAGUAUUCUAGGAAAACUGGGAAUAUCAACUAAAUAUUGCACAGCUAAUGGUGAUCCAGUAAACGUCAAAGAGUAUAUUGAGCCAAUCUUGAAAUCUAUAAGUGAUGAUAAUUUAAUAAAACUUAUGAAAUAUACAGUUUUCUUUUCAAAUGUUUCUAGCACUGAAAACGAGUGGAACAUGGUCGAAAGAACCUUGCUUGGGGGCAAUAAUAACGAUAAAAUACACAUCUACGGUAAAAAUACUGCACUUAUAAAUGUUGUAGCUGAAGAAUUAUCUGAAAGAAUCAGGAAAACUACUGGGACCCCUACAGAAAUCCGUAAUUGUUAUUUUUCCAAACCAAAUGUCGUUAAGCAUAUCAUAAUUUUCAUAAAUAGAUGCUUAUUCUUAAAUACAGAAAGACAAUAUGUUAAUAAAAUCAUAAAAGCUACAAAAAAUAUUAUCAAAUCAAUGAUUUAUCAAAAACCAGAUACCGAGGAAUUUGCUGAUUUGUUAGGAGCAAUCUUAAGAGUAGAUGUUAGGAUUAUAAAUGAAAUGUCUAGAGAGCUACUGGAUAUUUCUUUAAAAUAUCUGCAUGAUGAAGACAUAAAAGCUAUCCAUGUAGUUAUUAGUGGAUUGACUCUCUUGAAAACGGAAAUUAUAAAUCACGUUGGGACUCACGAGACAUUAUCUGAUGAUAAUUUGAAAUGCAUCAUUUCUACUUCAAAAGUAUUAUUAGACAGGUCAAAAAAUAUGUUAUACUUGGGUAAAAUAACAGAGCAAGCUCAUAUUCACGUUGUAAUAAGUCUGUGCCACCUGAUCUCAGACAUAAAGCGUUUAAGUAAAGAUUCUGACAUAAAUCUAAAAUUUGAGGAGUUGUUGCAAAUUAUGAAAGGGUUUAUAGAAAAUAUAGACAAAAGCAAUCUUUUUAAACCCAAAACUAUAAAUAAGCUACUAAAACUUCAAAAGGGCAACGAGAUAUUAUUACACGUUGAUGAACUUGUGAAAUACAGUUUGGUAAAAGACACGCCUGAAAUGAAGUUAUCGCAACUAGUAUCAAUCUUCACCUAUAAAUCCAUGAGGAUGUAUGAUACCAAAUCGUUUGAUUCAUUAUUGAUGGAUCAACUUAAAAAUAGGAUAUGCCAACUAGCUACUAACUUUAACAAAACAAUAGAACAUGAGUAUUCUAGCAGAUGCUAUGCAUUAGGUAAGGAGAACAAACAUGUUAAAAGAGUGAAUCCCUGGGACAAUGAUAGUGAACUAAAAAUUCUCUUGAAUCCUCCAAUAGAACCUUAUGACACAUUUCUUUACGAAAAGAACCCAGAAAUCGGUAAAUACGUUUCUCUGGGAGUGUAUGCUGAUGUUAUGAAGGCGGUUAUAGGUAAAUAUGAUCAAGUAGUGUCAUUAUACCACAUAAAUUUAGAACUUUUGAGAAUGAUGAAAAUGUUGAUGAAUAUUAAAUUUAUACUAGAUGUAAAUUCCAGAUUAGACGCAUUUUUCGGAUUGUCAAGAUCAUUAGAAGAAAUUUGUUCUGCGGUAAGAGAAUGUAUAUUAACUGUUGCGAUGUGUGCUCCUAUUAAAAGGAAUCGAGGUUUGCCCAAAAGGCAUGUUGAUGUACUUAUUGAGUCAUCCCUUAAAAAAUUGAUAAAAAAGAAGAAUUACAGUUAA